ACUUAGUUGAAUGAGUGUGGAGAAAAUAUCUCAGUCCCCAAAUUAGGUCUACAUUUUUAAAGCAAGAAAGCAAUAUCCUCGUUUCUUACAAAUUUAUUUUCAAGCCUAUUCUCUUUUAGACUUUCUGUUUGAAGUACAGACAUUUCAGACUUCAAUAAAUACUUCAAUCUUCUCUUCAUUUACUUUUUCAUAGAAUUUGAGACAGGAUAUGGUAUUAUAAAAUUAUCCCUGGUGGCAAUGGAACAAAAAUCAGAGUGAAGAACAUGCUGAUCUAUGUUAAUUACAAAAUAUAAUAAAGAGAACAGUUUAUACCUUUUCCAUGAGUAAUUCACAUUUACAAAUGUUGUGCUUAAUCUGGCAAUUUCCAUUGCUGCCUAUUUUUAACUAGAAAAUAACAGUAAAAAUGGAACGAUAUAACACCUUUAGUUUCUUUUAAUUAGAUUGUCUCUAUAUUUAUCUGAAGUGUUUGGAGUCAUCAUUUGCAGGGCUGGUGCUGAAUGUGUUGAUAUAAGUCAUUGCUGUCUUUGAAGAAGCUAUAGUUUUUUUAAUCUGGCAAAUUCUCAAAAUAUUGAGAGGACUCAAUAUGUUACAGAUUCACGAGGGAGAGCAAUAGUUUAUUUAAUCAAAUCUGGCACUGAAAUAAAUGAGAAAAUGUAACCCUGGAACAAAUCUCCUAUUGUAGUUAGAAAGUAACAUAAAAGUACAAUAAAAGGUCUUUGCAAAAGUUUUCUGUACUUGGAUUCUAAGGCAGACUGCAAAUCUCUCCUGGAGUCAGACCAUGGAGCUUUCAGCCUUCUUUCUUAAGCACCUUCCUUCAGGAUAGGCUUAAGUUACAAGGAUAUCUUCACUGAAUUUUAGGAGGAUCUUCUGAGUGGUAAGUGCCUUGUAGAAAAGGUACAGAUGAUUCAUGGUCUUGCCAAAUGGAUGCCACAGAGAGCAGAAUCUGUAACAAAAUGCUAGGGCUGGGUAUGCUUUGGAAAUGAUUCAGAAGAAGCAUUUGAGCUUUGUAUGAGAACCAUAGAGCACUGCUCUGUGGGUCUAUUUCAAAUUGACCAAUUUCUUUAAAAUAGUCUGGAAAAGGUUGUGGUUAUUUUAGGAAUCACAUUAACUUUCAUUAGUUUACUUCUCCCAGCAACCACAACUCUUUUCAGACUCCCAGGCUAUAAGUUGUAAAUAGGUGCCAAAGCAUGAUUUCAGUUCCUUUUAUUUUACCGAGCAACAGAGUCAUAAACUUGGAAGAGACUUUGUAGGUCAUUGAAUCAACAUGCCUGCUAAGUGCAGAAAACCAAAUUAAAGUCUCCAUAUCAGCUCUUCCUAAAUGCAUCCAUUGAAGGGAGUUCACCACCUCAUUGGAUAAUUGGUUCCACUGUUGAAUUGCUUUUACAAUUGAAAAUGUAUUAUUCUAUAUCCUGCAUUGUUCAAUGAGAGAGUACAGAUCUUGACUUGAUUUUGUGUGAUACCUUUUUCAUGAUUUGGAAGGGGGUUAUCACUACUCCCCCCCCCCAUUUUUAGCUAAAUAUUCUUAGCUAAAACAUUCUUGUUUUAAGACUUAACUACUUGCUCCUCAUCACCACAUGCUUCUCUGAAUCUCUUCUAGCUUCUCCAAAUCUUUCUUAAACUGUGGUAUCCUAGACAGAACAUAAUAUAUGAAUAGGGUACCAUGUUCAAUACAAUACAGAUCAAUACAGAUAAGUAAUUAAAACAAUAUAUUUUUAGACAGUGGGGGUUGGUGCAUGACAAGUGAAAUGGAACACCAUGUUGCCUAUCCAUUGUAUGAAUUCCUUGUGGUGAUUUAGAGCACAAGGUCUAUGGCAGGUCUUUAUUCAACUAGGGAAGCCCUCUAUUUGAUGCUGUGCUUGAAAAGGGCCCAAAAUCCUGAGUUAGUACAAACUACAGCAGCUGAGGUGCUGAUCAGGCUGGACAUUUGAUCAGAUUAUUCUAAUACUGAAUUAUCUUCUCUCAGCUUCCAAACCUCAUGUAAAGUGCUUUUUUAAAGCAAUAAAGUGCUUCAGACCUGAAGCCGGGCCUCUUUCCAUACAUCCCUUGUUAUUUAAUUACAAACGACUGUGCUUUUUCAAGGGUAUUCCCCCAUCACCACUGUGGAUUAAUCUCCCUAGGGAAACCACUUGAGCCUAUCUUGUUAUUUUGGUAGUAACAGAUGAGGCUUCUUAUUCUCUUAGGCCUCUUACAUUUCCCCAUUCAGCUGUCCUGUUAAGUUUUAAGUUGUUCUGAUCCCCAAGGUAUGUUUCGGCCUACCCUGGGGACUUGUUUCUGGAGCUUGCUGCUUUCAAAUUUAAUUGCUGUUUCCAUCCAUUGUUUAACUUAUUUCUUUAUACUGUAUAUGUUUAAUGUAUUCCUAGUGAUGGUUCAUACCUUGUAGUCAAAGUGCAUAGUGAUAAUAAUAAAUACAGCUUCCUUCAAUAUAUGUUGCUUUCUUUCCUUGAGGGAAAUAGAGCCAUAAGGAGAGGUGGACUUCCUAGAACCUCAAAUGGUAGCUUGCUGGCUACAAACCUAAUCUUGCCCUGUUCCCUUGAGGAUCAAAGAAGUCCUGAAGGCCAGUGCAGCCAGAUAUUUCCCCCUCAUCUUGGUUCAUCACAGAUAAUCUACGGAAAUGGUACCACUCUUGGCUCUGUAAUUACAUUUCGUUGUUCUGAUGAGCAUCAGCUGAUUGGUCAUGGAGUUGUCACAUGCAUUUGGAAAGAAAAUGCUACACAAUGGACAGCUGAUACUCCUUCAUGUAUACCCAUAUCCAAAUAUGAAACCUUUGGAUUUAAAGUUGCUGUGAUUUCUUCCAUUGUGAGCUGUGCCAUUAUUCUCCUGAUGUCAAUGGCUUUUUUAACCUGUUGUCUUAUCAAGUGUAUUAAGAAAAGUGAAAGAAGACGGGCUCAAAGGGAUAUGCAGUUCUGGUACCAGCUCAGAAGUGAAGAGCUAGAAAACAUGCAAGCAGCUUACUUUGGUUUGAAAGGCAGGAAUAGCAACAACAACAACAAAAAUAUUAAAACCCAGGUGGAGUCUGAUGGUGGUAGUAAUGUGGCAUAUGACAACCAUGGCUUCUGCAGCUUCAAAGAAGACUGGAUUAGAGACAUGACAGAAACACGCUGUUCUGGAGAAUGCAACUUACAAAAUAAAUCAACUAAAACCAGUAAUGCACUUGAUAAACAGUUGGUCCCUGGACAUAAUGUUGUUGUACAGAGCAUCUAUACAGUACAUGGGGUAGACGCCUAUGGGCAGGAUAAGAAUAUCCUUGGAAAACUGCAUAAUCACUUACCUGGAUAAACAACUUCAACUCUUAAAUUUUCCUGGACCAAAGGAAAUUGUGAAUAUACAUGCUUACUGAAUGUGCCUUAAAAACAACAUCAAAGAAAUAUCUGGACUGUCCCUUAUGUAUCUGUUGCAGUAAAUAUCUGACUAUAGCUAUAAUUUAGCAAAUCCCCCAAAAUGUGGAAAACUAAAUUCAGUUUUACAAAAAAGCAAAAUGAAAUGCAUUUUUGAUAUUAGGGCAUGCUUAAAAAAUGAUUAGGAAGAAAUUACUUGGAUUUGCACAAAUAUAGCACCUCCUUUCAUUAAAGAAGCACAACUUAUUCCAUAAAAGCUUCAGUAAAAGGUGCUGCUGCUUUAAUGAAUGGGAGAUGCUGUACUGUGUUCCAAAGCACUUUGGAAUUAUUUUUUUUGAUGUGUGUGGGCACCUACAAUUUCAUAUCAAGUUACCAUUUCUACACUUUGCUUAAAAAAAAUUAAAAAGGGAUCACAUCAAGAAAGGAAUUGUAUAUUAUUUUAAUAUGCGCUUCAGUGUUGGCUCUUAACAGUUUGUACCUUUUCUGCAUGUGAAAAUCCUGAAGAUAGUGAGGAUAAAUUCAGAACUGCAAAUUUAGUUUAACUUCUCUUUUUAUAGAUCUAUCAAAAAUAAAAAAAUGUAUUUUUGCAAAUUAAGAAGGAAUCGAAAUAAAUAUAUAUUUUAAUGAGAAAUUUGUCAAGCAAA